AUGGUGCAUCUUCCUGCCUACCGGCCAAUCAGCAAGCCGGCCCCGUCCCUCCUGGAGAUGCUGUGGUCCCGUGUCGGGCCGGAGGCUUUCAGUGAGGGGAGCCACGGGCUGGCUGACUCUGACAGAGAAGACGACGACGGCCAUGUUUACUUUGCCAGCAGAGAUCACACGGUGAAAGAUAAGAACCGGUCUCCCCCGUCCAGCAGACCCCCCGCCGGCCCACAACGCCCCCCUCACCACAGCGCUUCUGCAGAGGAACACGAGAGUCCAGAGAGAGUGGAGCAGAAGGAGAAGCUCCAUGCAGAGUUGAAAAAGGUGCUGAGUCAGAAAAGAAGUCACCUUAGAGCAUCCACCUGCCAACUGGCCCAGCCCGAGAUGGACCCAGAAACUUUUGACGAGCAGACAGACCAGACCCCGGCGAAAGCCGCCGAGCCUCCGGUGGAGAUCAUGGUGGAGACGGAAGCGGAGGCCGGAGCCAGUGGCUACAGCGUGACCGGUGGUGGAGAGCGAGGCAUCUUCAUCAAAGACGUACUCAAGGACUCGCCAGCCGCCAAACAUCUCAGUCUGCAGCAAGGUGACCAGCUGCUUAGUGCCAAGGUCUACUUUGACAAUGUGCGAUAUGAAGACGCUCUGAAGAUCCUUCAGUGCGCCGAGCCCUACAAAGUCAGCUUCCUGGUCAAGAGGACGAUCCAGGGGGAGGAUGUCUACUUACGUCCCCGCCUGCCCAGUGUGGACAUCAAAGGUCCCAACACCAAGAUGGCCAAAAUGAGCGUGAAGGCCAUCAAGCCAUUCAAGGCCAAGAAAAAGCGAGGGGGGCGCUUUGGUCUGAGGAGGCUGAAGGAGAAGCGGCGUGAAGAGCUGGUGAUCGAGGGAACGCCGCCCCGGCUGGACAUUAGCGAUGUGGACGUGGAAUUUUGCCUCCCCAAGUUUAAACACAGGCAGAGCGGCCACCUGGAGGCCGAUGGGAAUUCUGCAGCAAAGGCAAAGAGGAAAAUCAGGUUUCCUGGGAUGAAGAUAAAAGGUCAGAGCGGAGGAAAAGAGGACAGCGGACGACUGGAAGCAAAGGUGAAGGUCUCCCCGGCUGAGAUUCCUGCAGCCAAAGUGAAAGCCAAAGGAAAAGCUCCCAAAUUUGGAAUCAACUUUGCCAAGAGUAAGGACGCCAAGUCUGGAUCCGUGGAACUGAAGAAGCCGGGUGUAAACAUUGCGUCGCCAUCUUUAGAGUUCAGUUUGCCUGCUGGGAAAGGAGUAGAUGUGGAGAUGGGGGGAGCGUCGUUAAAUUCCCCAGAUGUGGAGUUUGCCCUCCCUUCCAUCCAAGCUGAUGCAUCUUUGCCCGCCGAGAAGGGAAAGGUGGAAAUUAAAGGUCCGAAAGUUGACGUAAGAGGAGCCGACGCCAAAGUUUCAAUGGGGAAAGUUGAUGUGGAAACAGGCAAAGGUGAUGGAAAACUGCAAAUGCCAAAGUUGAAACUUCCCAAAAUGAGACUAUCGCGUCAUUUGGAUGAGAAAGAUGACAAAAUGAAAGUCAAAGCAGGAGGAGAAAUCAGCGUUCCAACGGUGGAGAUAAAGGGAGGAAGUAGUAUUGUUGUCCCUGAAGUAAACGUCACCAAAGGAAACGUCCCAUCUUUGCCUUCUGUUGACAUCUCUUUACCCAAAGUCAAAGGAACAUCAGACAUGGAUGUAAAGACAUCAAUUAAGAAGCCUGGAAUGGACUUUUCUGUGCCCGACGUGGACCUCCAUGUCGGGAGAAUUCCUGACGAGGUGGAGGGCACUUUUAAAGGACCAGAAAUUUCCAUGCCCACACUGGAUAUCUCUUUACCAAAGAUGGGAUCGACUGAUCUGGAUGUUGAUGGUGCAGAAAGUAGAGGGAAAUUUUCUCUUCCUUCUGCUGAGAUUGGAGUAGACAUGAGUCGUUACAUUGGUGGCGAUGGGACAUUCAGCCUACCCAGUUUUGAUGUAUCUCAAUCACAAAAAGCUCAUCUGAAAGGACCAGAUGUUAAAGGUGAAUUCAAGAUGCCCAGUGUGGACCUGACGCUUCCCAAAGGCAAAGAUGUGGACCUCAAUGUGCCAUCGAUCAGUCUUCCAGAGGGUAAUGUAAAGCUGAAAGGUCCAGAAUUCAAGGCUGGGAGGAUGGAAAUGCCAGAUAUUGACGUCUCACUUCCGAAAGGAAAACUUGAAGGUGGCGUUGAGCUUCAAAGCCCUGAUAUCCAAGGAGGAAAGUUCAAAAUGCCAUCGUUGGAUGUUUCUUUACCAAAAGUCAAUCUUCCAGAGGGUGGUGUCAAACUAAAAGGUCCAGAAUUCAGUGGAAAGAUGAAAACUCCAGAUGUCAAUGCCUCUCUUCCCAAAAUUGAAGGAGAUUUGGACAUUGAAGGCCCUGAUGUAAAAGGAGGAAAGUUUAAAUUACCAACGUUUGAUGUUUCUUUACCUAAAGUCAACCUUCCAGAGGGUGGUGUUAAAUUAAAAGGUCCACAAUUUAAAGGAAAGAUCGAAACCCCAGAUGUCGAUGUCUCGCUUCCCAAAGGGAAAUUUGAAGGUGACAUUGAACUUCAAGGCCCUGAUGUCAAAGGAGCAAAGUUCAAAAUGCCAUCAUUGGAUGUUUCUUUACCAAAAGUCAAUCUUCCAGAGGGAAAUGUAAAGCUGAAAGGUCCGGAAUUCAAGGUAGCAAAGAUGGAUAUGCCGGACAUUGAUGUCUCACUUCCCAAAGGGAAACUUGAAGGUGGCGUUGAGCUGCAAGGCCCUGAUGUCAAAGGUGGAAAGUUCAAAACACCAACGUUGGAUGUCUCAUUACCAAAAGUCAAUCUUCCAGAAGGUGGUGUCAAAAUAAAGGGUCCAGAAUUUAAAGGAAAGAUGGACAUUCCAGAUGUUGAUGUCUCGCUUCCAAAAGCUGAAGCAGAUUUUGACAUUGAAGGCCCCGAUCUCAAAGGAGGAAAGUUUAAAAUGCCAACAUUUGAUGUUUCCUUACCUAAAAUCAGUCUUCCAGAGGGUGGUGUCAAACCGAAAGGUCCAGAACUUAAAGGGGGGAGAAUGGAAACGCCAGAUAUUGAUGUCUCACUUCCCAAAGGAGAAUUUGAAGGUGAUCUUGAGUUUGAAGGCCCUGAUGUCAAAGGAGGAAAAUUUAAAAUGCCAACAUUGGAUGUUUCUUUACCAAAAGUCAAUUUUCCAGAGGGAAAUGUAAAGCUGAAAGGUCCAGAAUUCAAGGGAGCAAAGAUGGAUAUGCCGGACUUCGAUGUUUCACUUCCGAAAGGAAAACUUGAAGGUGACGUUCAGUUGCAAGGCCCUGAUGUCAAAGGAGGAAAGUUCAAAAUGCCAACAUUGGAUGUUUCUUUACCAAACGUCAAUCUUCCAGAGGGAAAUGUAAGGCUGAAAGGUCCGGAAUUCAAGGGAGGAAAGAUGGAUAUGCCGGACACCGAUGUCUCACUUCCCAAAGGAAAACUUGAAGGUGACAUUGAGUUGGAAGGCCCUGAGGUCAAAGGAGGAAAGUUCAAAAUCCCAACUUUUGACGUUUCAUUACCAAAAGUCAAUCUUCCAAAGGGUGGUGUCAAACUUAAAGGCCCAGAAUUCAAGGGGGGCAAAAUGGAAAUUCCAGACAUGGAUGUGUCACUUCCCAAAGGAAAGGUUGAGGGUGAUGUUGAUUUUGAAGGCCCUGAUGUCAAAGGAGGAAAGUUCAAAAUGCCAACAUUGGAUGUCUCUUUACCAAAAGUCAGCCUUCCAGAAGGUGGCAUCAAACUGAAAGGUCCAGAAUUCAGAGGAAAGAUGGAAAAUCCAGAUGUCAAUGUCUCUCUUCCCAAAGUUGAGGGUGAUUUUGACAUUGAAGGCCCUGAUGUCAAAGGAGCAAAGGUCAAAAUGCCAUCAUUGGAUGUUUCUUUUCCCAAAGUCAAUCUUCCGGAGGGCAAUGUCAAACUAAAAGGUCCAGAACUUGAGGGCCGUAAGAUUGAAAUGCCAGACUUGGAUAUUUCAUUUUCUAAAGGAAAAGCAGAAGGACAACUAGGAAUUGAAGGACAUGCUGGCAAAGGUGGAAAGUUUCACAUGCCCUCUGUUGAUCUUUCUCUUCCUAGAAUAAAAAAAAAAGGUCCGGAGAUCAACGUUGAGGGUCCUGAAUUUAAGGGUGGAAAAGUCACUUCCCCAUCUGUGGAUCUUUCCCUUCCCAAAGUUGAAGGUGAGCUAGAUCUCAAAGGCCCUGAUGUCAAAGGAGGAAAAUUUAAAAUGCCAACAUUGGAUGUUUCUUUACCCAAAGUCAGUCUUCCAGAGGGCGACGUGAAAGUAAAAGGUCCAGGACUUAAGGGAGUAAAUCUUGAAACGCCAGACCUUGAUGUCUCACUUCCGAAAGCUGAGGGAGAUUUUGACAUUAAAGGCCCUAAAGCCAAAGGAGGAAAGUUUAAAAUACCAUCACUGGAUGUUUCAUUACCAAAAGUCCAUCUUCCAGAGGGUAGUGUCAAACUAAAAGGUCCAGAAUUGAGGAAAGGGAAGAUGGAAAUGCCAGACCUUGAGGUCUCACUUCCCAAAGGAAAGGUUGAGGUUGAUCCAGGAGACCUUGACGUCAAAGGAGGAAAGUUCAAAAUGCCGACAAUUGAUGUUUCUUUACCAAAGGCCAAUCUCCCAAAGUUUGAUCCCAAAUUGGAAACACCAAAUAUCAAAGGAAAAAUUGAAAUGCCGCACUUGGAUACUUCAUUUCCGAAAGUAAAAGUUGAAGGUGACCUGGAUCUUGAAGGACCUGAUGUCAAAGGAGGAAAGUUUAAAAUGCCGACAAUUGAUGUUUCUUUACCAAAAGUCAGUCUUCCGGAAGGUGAUAUCAAACUAAAAGGCCCAGAACUUGAGGGACGGAAGACUGAGAUGCCAGACUUGGAUGUUUCAUUCCCGAAAGGAAAAAUGGGAAUUGAAGCGCAGGUUGGUAAAGGAGGAAAGUUUCAUAUGCCCUCUGUUGAUCUUUCUCUUCCUAAAAUGAAAACAAAAGGUCCAGAGAUAAAAAUUGAAGGUCCUGAUUUUAAAGGUGCAAAAGUCACCACCCCAUCUUUGGAUGUUUCCCUUCCAAAAGUUGAAGGCGAAUUGGAUCUUGAAGGCCCUGAUGUCAAAGGAGGAAAGUUCAAAAUGCCAACAUUAGAUCUCUCUUUACCAAAAGUCAAUCUUCCAGAGGGAAAUGUAAAGCUGAAAGGUCCGGAAUUCAAGGGAGGAAAGAUGGAUAUGCCGGACAUCGAUGUCUCACUUCCCAAAGGAAAACUUGAAGGUGACAUUGAGCUGCAAGGCCCUGAAGUCAAAGGAGGAAAGUUCAAAAUGCCAACGUUGGAUGUUUCUUUACCAAAAGUCAAUCUUCCAGAAGGUGGUGUCAAACUAAAAGGUCCAGAAUUCAAGGGCGCAAAGAUAGAUAUGCCGGACAUCGAUGUCUCACUUCCAAAAGUUGAGGGAGAUUUGGACAUUGAAGGCCCUGAUGUCAAAGGAGGAAAGUUUAAAUUACCAACAUUUGAUGUUUCUUUACCCAAAGUCAACCUUCCAGAGGGUGGUGUCAAACUAAAAGGCCCACAAUUUAAAGGAAAGAUGGACAUGCCAGAGGUCGAUGUCUCACUUCCCAAAGGACAAUUGGAAGGUGGCGUUGAGCUUCAAGGCCCUGACGUCAAAGGAGCAAAGUUCAAAAUGCCAUCAUUGGAUGUUUCUUUGCCUAAAGUCAACCUUCCAGAGGGUGGUGUUAAAAUGAAAGGUCCAGACAUUGACGGACGAAAGAUUGAGAUGCCGGACUUAGACAUUUCAUGCCCUAAAGGAAAAGUAGAAGGAGAAAUAGAGAUUGAAGGGCAUGUUGGUAAAGGUGGAAAGUUUCAUAUGCCCUCUGUUGAUCUCUCUCUUCCUAAAAUAAAAACAAAAGGUCCAGAGAUAAAGAUUGAAGGUCCUAAUGUUAAAGGUGCAAAAGUCACGAUGCCAACGGUUGACAUUAAACCUCCUAAAGUUGAAGGAGACCUGGAUAUUGAAAGCCCUGACGUUAAAGGAGGAAAGUUCAAAAUCCCAACAUUUGACAUUUCAUUACCGAAAGUCAAUCUUCCAGAGGGUGGCGUCAAACUGAAAGGUCCAGAACUCAAGGGCGGUAAGAUGGAUAUGCCGGACAUCGAUGUCUCACUUCCCAAAGGAAAACUUGAAGGUGGCGUUGAGCUUCAAGGCCCUGAUGUCAAAGGAGGAAAGUUCAAAAUGCCAACGUUGGAUGUUUCUUUACCAAAGGUCAAUCUUCCAGAGGGUGAUGUCAAAAUAAGAGGCCCAGAGUUCAGCGGAGGGAAAAUCGACAUGCCAGACGUUGAUAUGUCAUUUCCGAAAGGAAAAGCAGGAGUCAGUGGAAUUGAAGGCCAUGGUGGUAAAGGGGUUAAGUUCCAUAUGCCCUCUGUUGAUCUCUCUCUUCCCAAAAUUAAAACAAAACCUUCAGAGAUCAAUAUUGAAGGCCCUGACAUUAAAGGUGGAAAGGUCACCAUGCCAACAGUUGACGUUUCGCUUCCAAAAGUUGAAGGAGAUCUGGAUCUUGAAGGCCCUGAUGUCAAAGGAGGAAAGUUCAAAAUGCCAACGUUGGAUGUUUCUUUACCCAAAGUCAAUCUUCCAGAGGGUGGUGUCAAACUAAAAGGUCCAGAACUUAAAGGAAAGAUGGACAUUCCCGAUGUUGAUGUCUCGCUUCCCAAAGGAAAACUUGAAGGUGGCGUUGAGCUUCAAGGCCCUGAUGUCAAAGGAGGAAAGUUCAAAAUGCCAUUAUUGGAUGUUUCUUUACCCAAAGUCAAUCUUCCAGAGGGUGGUGUUAAAAUAAAAGGUCCAGACCUUGACGGUCGAAAGAUUGAGAUGCCAAACUUAGACAUUGAAGGCUUAGAUUUAAAAGGAGGCCAAAUUAAAAUGCCCAAACUUGAUGUUUCUUUGCCAAAAAUGAGUCUUCCAGAGGGUGGUGUUAAAAUGAAAGGUCCAGAUUUGGGGGAGGUCUCACUCAAAGGAAAAACAGAGGGAGAAAUGGGUAUUGAUGGUCAUCUUGGUAAAGGAGUUAAGUUUCAUAUGCCCUCUCUAGAUUUUUCUCUUCCCAAAAUGAAAACAAAAGUUCCAGAGAUAAAUAUUGAAGGGCUUGAUGGUAAAGGUGGAAAAGUCACCAUGCCAACUAUGGAUGUUUCUCUUCCCAAAGUUCAAGGUGAGCUGGAUCUUCAAGGCCCCAAUAUCAGAGGAGGAAAGUUCAAAAGGCCUACUGUUGAUGUUUCUUUACCAAAGGUUAGUCUUCCAGAGAGUGGUGUUAAACUACAAGGUCCAGAAUUCAGAGGAAAGAUGGAAGCACCAGAUGUUGAUAUCUCAAUUCCCAAAAUCGAGGGGAAUAUUGAGGGACCUCAUGUCAAAGGAGGAAAAUUCAAAAUGCCAACCAUUGAUGUUUCUUUGCCAAAAGUCAAUCUUCCAGAGGGUGGCGUCAAACUGAAAGGUCCAGAAUUCAAGGGCGCAAAGAUGGAUAUGCCGGACAUCGAUGUCUCACUUCCCAAAGGAAAACUUGAAGGUGGCGUUCAGCUGCAAGGUCCUGACGUCAAAGGAGGAAAGUUUAAAAUGCCAUCACUGGAUGUUUCUUUACCAAAAGUCAAUCUUCCAGAGGGUGGUGUCAAAUUAAAGGGGCCGGAGAUCAGUGGAGGGAAGACUGGGAUGGCCGAUCUGGAUGUGUCAUUUCCUAAAGGAAAAGAAGGAGAAAUAGGAUUUGAAGGGCAUGUCGGCAAGGAGGGAAAGUUUCAUAUGCCCGCUGUUGAUAUUUCUCUUCCUAAAGUGAAAACAAAAGCUCCAGAGAUAAAUAUUGAAGGUCCUGAUGUUAAAGGUGCCAAAGUCACUCUGCCGACGGUUGACGUUUCUCUUCCCAAAGUUGAAGGUGACCUGGAUCUUGAAGGCCCUGACAUUAAAGGAGGAAAGUUCAAAAUACCAACAUGGGACAUUUCUUUGCCAAAAGUCAAUCUUCCAGAAGGUGGUUUAAGAAUGAAAGGUCCGGAACUCAAGGGGGGCAAAAUAAAAAUUCCAGACAUGGAUGUGUCACUUCCCAAAGGAAAAGUUGAGGGUGAUGUUGAUUUUAAAGGCCCUGAUGUCAAAGGAGGAAAAUUCAAAAUACCAACAGUUGAUGUUUCGGUUCCAAAGGUCAGACUUCCAGAGGGUGGUAUCAAAAUCAAGGGUGAAGAAUUCAGAGGAAAGAUGGAAACUCCAGACAGUGAUGUCUCACUUCCAAAAGUUGGGGGCGAUUUUGAAAUUGAAGGCCCUGAUGUCAAAGGAGGAAAGUUAAAAAUGCCAAAAAUUGAUGUCUCUUUACCCAAAGUCAAUCUUUCGGAGGGAAACGUAAGACUGAAAGGUCCAGAAUUCAAGGGAGCAAAAAUGGAUAUGCCGGACAUUGAUGUCUCACUUCCCAAAAGAAAAACAGAAGGAGAAAUGCGAAUAGAAGGGCAUGUUGAUAAAGGAGGAAAGUUCCACAUGCCCUCUGUGGAUAUUUCUCUUCCGAAAAUGAAAGCAAAAGGUCCACACAUAAAUAUUGAAGAGCAUGAAAUUAAAGGUAGAAAAGUCACCAUGCCAACUGUUGAUGUUUCUCUUCCAACAAUCAAAUCUCCAGAAGUUGACUUCCGUUUGGAGGGUCCUGAUGUAAAAGGUGGAAAACGUGGAGCAGUCAAACUUCCAACUGUUGACAUCUCAGCUCCAAAGGUGGAUCUUGACUUUGGCCUCACCAAACCAAAAGGUGACGAUGUGGAAGUGGCGCUUCUGAAAGCAGAGGGAAGUCGGCCAUCUUCUGGAGGAAGUUUUGAUUUGCCUAAUGUUUCUCUCAAAGCCCCUAGUUUUACACUUCCCAGGUUUGGUGGAAAGUCCAAGAGUGGUCGUUUGGAGGUGUCGGGACAAAGUUCUGAGGGUGAUAUUUCUCUCAAGGCGCCAUCUGUCGAGUUGGGUUUGGACAGUACAGUGAAGGGCAAAAAAGCUAAACUCAAAACACCCUCCUUUGGAAUCUCCCCACCUGAUGCCGAUGUGUCUGUGUCUUGUCCUGAAUUUGAUGUCAAUACAAAAAAGGGGGGCAUUGCCAUUCCUAAACCAGAUGUUGAUGUAGAGGGGAAAGGUCACUUCCAUGCACCUGAUGUCACUAUCAAAUUCCCAAAGUUCUCCAUGCCAGGAAAGCCAAGUGGUGACCUUGAAGCUAAGGCCAAGGCCAAGAUGCCCUCAGUUGAGCUAUCACUUCCCGCCGCUAAAUCACCAGAAAUGGAGGUUCUUCUCCCCAAAGCAGAGGUAGACGUAUCCCAGUGUGACAUCCAAACCUAUGAGGGACACCUGAAAAUUCCCAAAAAGCCUGGGAUUGAUGUGACUGUGCCUAAAGUUGACCUCGAUGUGCCACUUCCCAAAAUAAAACUCGAGUCCAGUUCUGAGAGAGGAGCGAAAUUUAAGAUGCCUGAUGUGGACUUAUCCCUACCAAAAGGAAAAAUCGGCAGCCUGCCAAAAAGUAAAUCUUUAAAGAUGGAACCACCAGAAGUUGAACUUAAAAUGCAGUCAAUGGACGUGUCCCUACCCAAGCCGCCAGAUGCUGACGUACAUGGAGAUGGACGAAGCACUUUUAAGACGCCACGUGCCGACAUUGACCUACCAGAAGCCACAAUGCCAAAGCCAGACAUAUCCAUGAAGAUGCCAAGACUCGAUAUUACAGGUCCAAAAGGGGACUUAGAGCUGGAUUUACGACUUCGGAAAGGAGACACCAAAGUAGAUGUAUCUGAUGUAGAAACCAACAGCAAAGUCAAAGGGCCCAAAGUCAAAGGAACAAAAUUCAAUAUUGGAAUGCCCAAAAAGAAAAAUGGUGGUGGUGUCAAAGUCUCUGGACUGGCAUCCACAAAUCACAACGGACACAAAGAGGGAAACGUUAACGUCCAAAUGCCAGGCGUUGCGUUACCAAGUGCAGGUGUGAAAAGCCAAGAAGGCUCAGCAGAACGGGGCCUACCGUCAUCAUCUAGUGCAGUCCCCAGGAUUCCAGACAUAGACUUUGAUAUUGGCACAGCACAAGAUGAAGAUGAGGACAAAUUAGGAAAGAGGAUAAAAAUCCCCAAGUUUGGUGUCCCUCUUCCUUCCCUGUCCUCCCCGGAAGGAAGACUGGAGCUCUGUGGGUCAGAGAUCAAACAAGAUGGCCCCAAAAUAAAGAAAGCAGUUUUUGUUUUAGUAAAUCCACCUCAAACAGACAAUGUGACUUUAAAUACAGGUGAUGUCAAAGUGAAGACUUCCAAGUUUCAAACAAAGACCAUGGAAACGUCUGUUAGCACAACCGGAACGUCAGCGUGUGCCAGUCCAGUCAAGACAGAAGACCCAAUGUCAAGGUUCCAUUUUGAAAAAGAUUCAAGACCUCAUAAGGUCUUCAAGAGCGAAGACGUGGCCGCUCGUGGAAAAGUCAAACUUCCAAAGGUGGAAUUCACUUCUCCUUACGGAAAGAAAGCCGCAGGUGACGGCAACUUCGAAAUGGCAACCAGACUGGGCAAACCUUCAUUGUCCGGGGAAGCUCCUAAAGGGCUCCAGAUAAAACCCGCCAAGGUUUCGUUUGAAGGAUUUGCUGAGGAGUCCUCAAGGGAAGUUGUCUCACACCACUCCAGAACAGAAAUGCUGGAUCAGGACACCUUUGGAUCACCAGCUGCUUUUACCAUGGGGUUCAGCUCAACAAAGGUCCAAACCUGGAGCGAGGGAGACACCAUAGAAGAUCCCCAGGGAACAGAGGCUCCCUCUUGGUUCAAGGUCCCGAAGGUCACCCUGAAACCUCACUCCACAGGCUUCCUCCAGAUCACCCCAGAGGGGUCUCCUCAGGCACAGCGGCGAGGGGAGCUGGGAGGCGAGGCCAACUUGUCAGGCUCAUUCUGCCAGCAGUCCUCCGACGUCACCACAAGGGAAGUGUCUUCCCCGAGGGGAGGGGGCUCGGUUACCGUGGUGACCAAGACCACCAGGACGAAGCAGCACUCCACGCCAGCCGGGACGUCAGCGGGUCAUUGGUUGGGAACCACUCAUCCGCCGUCAGACCUUUGAGGAACCGGACACGCCCACAAAAUUCAAGUCUAUAUAAAUACAGACACGUCCCACCUUACGAGUUAUGUUCUAGGAGGCUGUUUGUAUAUUCAAUUGUUUGUAAUCCGUUACAGAGCUUUAUUUUAAUUUGCAAAGAACCCUACAGUAACUAUGGUGUGACAGUCUUUUUACAUUUUUAGGACUUUAGGGGAAAUUUUGCCAUUUUACUAUUGUCACUACGUAUUAGUGCCUGUUCAUUUUGCGCAUCUUUGUUGAAAAUCUGGUCAAUCCAGUCUCAUUGGUGUACAGUUCUUCAUAUUACAACGUAAGAAUAAAUACGAUUUUACAAGCGACGUUAAACAGGAUUUUUUUGCAACGCAAUUUCAUUGUAGCUAAAGUAGUUACAUUUGACAUUACUGCCAGAGGAUGAUGUAAAUAGAAGUUUGUUCCUUGUGGAGGUAGUUUAAGCAUUAGUAUUAUUACCACAUUCUCCAAGAGUAGUGACGGGAAUGUUUUUGUCACAUUGAUUUGUGUGUCUUUGAGGCUUCUUUGACAUUGUGACACAUUUUGUACUUUUAGCUUGUGAGUCAUGCCAUAACUUUUUUUUUGGGGACAUUUGUCUGGAUCAUAUCUGUAAACUUUUGACUGGUGGUCAAUCAUUUAGACCAAAAUGCUGCUGUUCUAGUUGAUCUUUUUAUUUUCCUUGGAUCCCAAGUUAGGAAUAUCUCGCUGAAUUGAAAUGUUUCUUUUCAUAUGAAUUAUAUGGACACAGUUAUCAAGCUAUUUGCGUGGGAUAAACAGUAUACAAUAGAAAUGAAAGGCUGAUUGUCCAUAUAGUGAAUAUACACCUCACCCUCAUAUUUACCACAGAACACAAGUGAUAGUUUUCACGAGAUGACAUUUUGUAGAAUUAAAAAAAAAAAUGAAAAGAAUAUCUGACAGCACUACCCAUCAUCACAUUUGUUUUUGACUCCGGUUGCUGCGCCUGUUUUGCAGGUGAAAUUUAAAUUUUAUUUUACAAAUGCUGGAUAAAGAGUAUAUGUCAGUACACACUGAGAUGUUUGUGUAGAAACGAAAACUUUCGAGUUUGACGUAUUUGUUAGGUGAUAUAGUAAAUGUGUUGUCAUGACUGCACUGGAGAGAUUGUUAGUGAAGGAAUUACACGAAUAAAAUAAUAUAUUGACA